CCUAUAGAUAGCUGCAGUGUAUACACAUUGAUUCUGACAGACCAGAUAUUAUAAGGCAUGGACUCUGAGCUAUGUGACAGAUACACUGUUAAAGUGAUAUAGCUGUUAUCCAACAGCUACACAACAACUGGACAUUGAUAUUCUGAUAUUAGUAGAAUUGGAUGAUUGGAGUCUGGACACAUGUGUUGAUCAGUGGUGUGAUUCACUUACACACAGGAAGUGUACGUGUGUGCAGACUUACAUAAUCAACAUGUGGCUGUGAAUCAGAGUGAAAGUAGAAUCGGACGGUAUAGCCAACCAGUUUCUGUUACCGGAGCGACAGGCGAAGGUAAACCAGCUGAUCCGGAGGAUGGACCACACCGAGGGCCCUCGGGAACAUGUCGCUGAAGCCCAAUACUGUAUCUGUCGAUCCACCGACUGUAGUCGCUUUAUGAUAGGAUGUGACAACUGCGAGGAGUGGUACCACGGUGACUGUAUCGGAGUUACACAGUUAGAUGCCAGGUCAAUCAAACAAUUUUUCUGCGAAAUGUGUCGAGAACAAAACCCCAGCCUUGAUAUCAAGUACAAAUCAAAGAAGAAAAGUAAAGAUAGAUUCAUCUCUCACCCAGUCAGUGAGAGGGAGGGUCUUAGACAGGAAUGGAAAUACAGCGAAAAGGAAAAAUCAAGAAAAAAGUCUUCAAGGAGAUGCGGGGAAUGUAAGGCAUGCCAUCGGACAGAGGACUGUGGGAGAUGUGAUUUCUGUAAGGAUAUGAGAAAAUUUGGUGGUCCAAAUAAAAUACGUCAAAAAUGCAGAUUGCGGCAGUGCCUGAAUUUUUGCCGUUUUCGUAAGAAUCAAGGGGGUUUGAAUAUGUCUGCGAAGAAACCCGACAAAUCACAGCGAACUGUUACAUCAGAAACGGAAUCCAUGAGGACAAGCUUUUCUGGACAUUUUUCAGAAGAUGAUGACGACUUCAUGGAUUUUGAUGAAGAGGGGGGUGCUUCAGAAAACAUAGAAAAACCUACAAAGACAAAGCCAGGGAGGAAAAGGAGUGAAUCAGGGUCACCACGGAAGAAAAAAACAAAAGAAAGCAAACACUCACCUACCAAGAAAAAACAGAAAUUAAAAGAUAAGACAGGUUCAGAGAAGAAGAAGAAGCGAGGUGGAGAAGUAGAUGAUAUAAGAGAGGUAGAGGACGAGGAACCACGCCAGUGUUUUGGUCCGGGAUGUAUAGAACCUGCUCGGUCUAACUCCAAAUACUGCUCAGAGGAGUGUGGCAUGAAACUCGCCAAAAAUCGUAUUUAUGAACUUCUGCCCCCUAAGAUCCAGCAAUGGCAGAGCACACCUUGUGUGACAGAAGAAAACAACAAGAAAGCACUGGAGAAAAUUCGACGACAGCAACUGGAGGCAAGGCACAAAUUGGGGGAGCUUGACCUUCGACACCAGGAGUUAGAUGCACUUAUAGAGCGAGUCAAGCAUGCUGUGAUAGCUCCAGAUCAGGAGGAGAAGGAAGCAGAGGAUGAUACAGAAUACAGCAUGUAUUGUGUCACUUGUGGGGCUGAACUCAACCAGAAGGGGGCGCUGCGACACAUGGAAAAGUGCUUCGCGAAGUUUGAGGCACAGACAUCUUUCGGCUCCAUUUAUAAAACAAGGAUAGAGGGCAACUCAAUGUUUUGUGACUACUACAACACCCAGCAGAAGGUUUACUGUAAGCGACUGAAAGUCCUCUGUCCGGAACACACGAAGGAACCGAAGGUGGGACCAGAUGAGGUGUGUGGAUGUCCAUUAGUCAUCAAUGUGUUUGAGGAAACUGGUGAAUACUGUAGAGCACCUAAACGAAAAUGUAACAAACAUGUUGUGUGGGAGAAACUACGGCGAGCACAGAUAGACAUGGAGAGAGUCCGACAGUGGAUGGAGUUGGAUGACUUGUUUGAGCAAGAGCGCAACAUCCGUGUAUCAAUGGCCAAUCGUGUAGGAGUACUGGGCCUCAUGUUACACCAAACACUGGAUCAUGACCCACUUAACCCGAUUAAGCCACCCGAAAUGAACUGAGCCCACUUUGAUACAUCACUCAACCUCAUCAAUUAAGACAUUCUAAAUGUUAUGAUCAUGCUGCACAAUUAACAUGUUCUUCCAUGAUUGUCUAUAAUGUACAAUGUACAUGUAUUAUCACGAUAAUGACUUCAGAGAUAAAUCAUAACUAGACUUUGUGUCACAGUAGGAGAGGUGUAGCGGAUAUUACUUUGUAAUACUGUUAUCAACCUCAUACUGUCAAGGCUGCUUUUGGGAGGGGUUCUGUUUUAUGCUAUCUUUAGUUAAAUGAGGAUACAUU